UGGUUUGUGCCAUUUGUCAUGCUUUUUGUUUGCUUUUUUCCCUUUUAUUAACCGUGACUCUUGAACUAGAACUCCUUGUCAACUGGUAGCUCACCCCCCUCUUCUCUCUGUGCGUUUCUGGCUUUCUUUAUCUAUCUUUCUGUGCUUGUGACAAUGGAAGGUGGACUCCCGAUGCUUAACUGUCUCUUACAGCACACGCUGAGGAGCCUGUGUUCAUGUACAGAUUCUUCUAAUCCUUCCAAAUGGGUGUAUGCAGUCUUUUGGAGGAUACUGCCUAGGAAUUACCCUCCACCAAAGUGGGAUUAUGGAGGCACUGCUCUUGAUCGUUCCAAAGGAAACAAAAGAAACUGGAUCCUAGUUUGGGAGGAUGGAUUUUGCGAUGUCUAUGAAUGUGAGAGGGCAGGAACUGGGUACAUGAAGGGAAGAUUUGGAACAGAUGUCUUCUUCAAAAUGUCUCAUGAAGUUUAUAACUACGGGGAAGGAUUAGUGGGGAAAGUUGCAGCAGAUAACAGUCACAAAUGGGUGUUCAAAGAAAACCCAAAUGAGAGUGAUCCGAACUUAAUCUCCUCAUGGAAUAUGUCAAUUGAACCUCAGCCAAGAGCAUGGGAAUUUCAAUUCAAUUCAGGCAUUCAGACAAUUGCCAUCAUUUCAGUCAGGGAAGGUGUCAUUCAAUUGGGUUCUUUUGAUAAGAUUGUGGAAGACCUUAAUUUGGUAAUCAGUAUACAGAGGAAAUUCAGCUAUCUCCAGAGCAUACCAGGAAUCUUUGCAAUACAAAGACCAUACCUGCCAAUUCAGCAUCCAUACAUUACCAAACCCAACACCCAUACGAUCGAAAACCAAGAAAUAGCCUUCUCAGUUGAUGACAAACGCCAAAUAACAGGAGUUAAGAGAUUGUUUCAUGAAAGUUUAGAUGAUUUUCCAAUAAAGGCAAUCAACAUGGGCUGGAACAGUCCCCAAAAUGGAAUCCCAGGACCCCCCAUUUGGUCAAUACCACCUCUUCUGCCCACCAUGUCUUGCAGUCUCGGAGCUUUGUUAUCAAAGUUACCUUCUGCGACCCCUUCCUAUAGUAACAUAGAAGCUCUUGGCACAUCUCUUCUUAACAACAACAACAAUAAUCGUACUAGUAUAAGCCAGAGAGUCAGGGUUGAUGAUCUUGGAGUAACAAGAGAAGGCCAGCUAGUCUCCUCUGGCCAUUUAGAUGCUGCUCGAGAAGAAAAACCAACUUCCAUAAAGCCUAGUUUAAACUUACCGGACAAGGUGGUCGGUUUUGGACAUGUCAGAGAGGGAGAAAGUGCCUUGAGUCUCAACUGAUCAGGAGAACCAAAUUGCACUUAUCAUUGUAUUUCAUUGUCUUACGCACAAACGUGGCGUUGUUGAUAAAUUAAUAUUAGUGCAUAAUAAAACUCUCUUGAUUGUAUCCUAA